CCCUGACUGAGGCAGUCUUUUGUUUUAGGACUCGACGGGUUACCUUUGAUUUCAGUGAAGAAGAGUUAAAACUUUUUUUUGGUCGGUUAGUUUAGUGAAUGAGUUUUUGUGACUUUUUUUUUUUGCUAACGUGUAUUUGGACUAAGGUGAUAGGUGCUUUUGGUUAGAUGCUGCAAGGGAUGUUGCAAGAUAGCUAACAUCCCUCCUUCACCUUUGCCUUCGUUCGCAUCAUGUUCCAUUCUACCGUAAACUCUACAGGAUACAGCGACGCAAAUUCGGGAUUUCACCAGCAUCUACAACAAUCUCCUGUUUACGUUCCUGGAAAUAGGUCUGCCACGAUGCCACAGUAUCCAUCUCCUGCCGGAGGUCAUUUUGGUACCACCCCUCACCAAAACGCGUGGCACACUGGUACAGGCUACGCAGAAAUGACCCCCACCGCUCACACCCUCGGUGCUACCGGUCACCACGCAGGCGCACUCGCGGCCGGUCAAUUUUACGCUCAAAACAUGAUGAUGAGGUCAUGGAGCGCGUACGACGGAGGCUUCCAAAGAGGCUCUUACGAUCCUACAAUGGAAUUUCCUUUUGGAGAAGGAAGGGAGUGUGUGAAUUGUGGAGCUAUAUCGACUCCUUUAUGGAGGCGAGAUGGUACAGGACAUUAUUUGUGCAAUGCUUGUGGGCUUUACCAUAAAAUGAACGGCAUGAACAGGCCUUUAAUUAAACCUUCAAAAAGACUGACAGCUACAAGACGCUUAGGACUAUGCUGCACCAAUUGUGGCACCCGCACCACGACGCUAUGGCGUCGUAACAACGACGGUGAACCAGUAUGUAACGCAUGCGGACUCUACUUUAAAUUGCACGGUGUGAACCGACCGUUGGCCAUGCGUAAAGACGGCAUCCAGACGAGAAAACGAAAACCGAAAAAACCGGCCGGAUCGGGGGGUAACGGAGGGUCGUCGACGACAAACGGUGGUGGAGAGAGGGAGGAUAGCAACCACGCCCAAAGCGAAGAAUCAAAAUCGACAAACCUUCCUCAUCAACAGUCUCCUACUCAUCACGCCUCAAAUCAUCAGCAACAGCAGCUCCAACCUCAAAACUCGUGCCAGUCUCAAAAUAUCCCACACCAAACCACCCACCACGAAAAGUCACCUCUUAGUCAAUAUGGUAGUACUUCAGAACGACCGUACCUCGGUCAAACGUCACUGUUACCGGCUACUAGUACAAGCAGUAUAAAAAGUGAACCUGGAUACGAGUAUAGUUGCCUUCAAAGUCAACCAAGCUACCCCUACCAGCAGCUUUUUGGGUUCCCCAGUCCUUCAGGCAACAGCGAAAUGGCCUACCACCACCAGCACCACGUAACUGCCGCGGCAAAACUAAUGGCUUCGUCAUAGCAUUAUUAGUACUUAAAAAAAUUGCUGUAAAUAUACUUUGUAUAGUAUAAUAGUGACAGUAUGUUGUGCUACUGGAAUUGAAAAAACUGUAUUAUUAUUUUAUUUCUAAAAAGACUGCUUUCAAGACAUGAAUGUGUUUUUUGUAAAUAGAUUAAGUACCCUGCUUUA